ACCGGGGGCGUGGUCAGCGGCGCGCCGGGAAGGCGGAAGCGGCGGGGCCGGGGCGGGCAUGGCCGGGGCCGCCUGGGCUCCCCCGCGGCUGGACGGCUUCAUCCUCACCGAGCGCCUGGGCGCAGGCACCUACGCCACAGUCUACAAGGCCUACAGGAAGAGGGACACACGGGAGGUGGUGGCCAUCAAGUGCGUGAGCAAGAGGAGCCUCAACCGGGCCUCGGUGGAGAACCUGCUGACGGAGAUCGAGAUCCUGAAGACCAUCCGCCACCCGCACAUCGUGGAGCUCAAGGACUUCCAGUGGGACAGUGACCACAUCUACCUGAUCAUGGAGUUCUGCGCCGGGGGGGAUCUCUCCCGCUUCAUCCGCUUGCGCAGGAUCCUCCCCGAGAAGGUGGCGCGCAUCUUCCUGCAGCAGCUGGCCUGCGCCCUGAAGUUCCUCCAUGACCGCAACAUCUCCCACCUGGACCUCAAGCCGCAGAACAUCCUCCUGAGCGCCCCGGAGAACCCCCAGCUGAAGCUGGCAGAUUUCGGGUUUGCGCAGUACAUGUCUCCGUGGGACGAGAAGCACGUUCUGCGGGGCUCCCCGCUCUACAUGGCCCCCGAGAUGGUGUGCCGCCAGCAGUAUGAUGCGCGGGUGGACCUGUGGUCGGUGGGCGUCAUCCUUUAUGAAGCACUUUUUGGGAAGCCACCCUUUGCCUCCCGCUCCUUUGCUGAGCUGGAGGAGAAGAUCCGCAGCGACCGGGCUGUCGAGCUUCCCAACCGGCCGCCGCUCUCCCCGGAAUGCCGGGAUCUCCUGGGACAGCUCUUGGAGAGGGACCCCUCGAAACGCAUCUCCUUCGAGUGCUUCUUCACGCACCCCUUUGUAGAUAUGGAGCACGUCCCCGGCCCUGAGAGCUUUGGCAAGGCGACCGAUCUGGUGGUGCAGGCGGUGAAGAAGGAUCAGGAGGGGGACGCCUCUGCCGCCCUCUCCCUCUACUGCAAAGCCCUGGAGUAUUUUGUGCCAGCUCUGCACUAUGAAAGCGACGCUCGCCGGAAAGAAGCCAUCCGGGCCAAGGUGGGUCAGUACAUCUCCCGAGCGGAGGAGCUGAAGGCAUUGGUCACAUCCAGCAGCAAGAACCUCCUGCAGCAAGGGAACCCGGCCAGAGAGCUCCUUAAAGAGAUGGCCAAGGACAAGCCUCGGCUCUGUGCUGCACUGGAAAUGGCUUCUGCUGCCAUCGCCAAGGAGGAGGAAGGCAAAGAUGACGGUGACACCCUGGAGCUCUACCAGCAGAGCCUGGGCGAGCUGCUGCUGCUCCUGGCUGCGGAGCCGGCGGGGAGGCGACGGGAGCUGCUCCACGCGGAGAUCCAGACUCUGAUGGCCCGAGCUGAGUACCUGAAAGAUCAGAUGAAGGUACAGCUGCUUGGGGGUGCUCUGGAGCGCGCUGUGGGGGUUGCAGGCUGGAAAACACUCCUCUCCCCUGGCAGAUGCGGGAGGCACAGUCCAUGGGCAAGGAGGCACUGGCAGAGCCCGUCCGGAGCGUCUGUACCUUGCAGUGAUGAGCAGGAGCCAGCCGGCAGGAUGCUGUCACCGCCCCGGCGCUGCCAUGCAAAGAUGCCGUCAGCUUUCAUCCUGGCCAUGGUGGGGUAACCACCUUGGGGGGGGCUCAUCCCCGGGCUCACAUCCCCAGGUGGGUCCAUAGGGCCAUCUGCCCCUCUCCCUGGACGCUGGUGUCACCUUGUCCCCUCCCAGCCCUGCCUCGACCGUCUGCUGCCACAGCCUCCCCUGCCUGCAGCAGGCAGGUUAUUCCACUCUAAUUCCCUCCACUGGCUGCACCGGCCUGGGUAUUUUUAUCCUGGCACCGGGCUCCGGCAGAAUAUCCGCCCCCCCGCCAGCCGCAUACGGCUCUUGCCUUUUCGGCUGGAUGUUUCUUACACUUCCCAAAUUCUUCUGGAGCAUAUGUGCAGCCCAGACCCACAGCACCCUGCCGCCAGCAGACAGGGGGUCAGGGACGCUGCCUGCUCCUGCCCGCUGUGCCUUUGUCACCCCGCGACUACCUCUGAGCCAGCCUGGAGCGCUGGCCCGGCCCAGCGCGACCUCCCUGGAGUGUUGGGGUCAAGGCUUUUGCUUCCCAAACCUGUCCGUGCUGGAGUCUGGCAGGUGCCGAACCGUGAGCGUCAUUUGUGUCACGAGGUGUUCCCAGUGCUCAGCGCGCUCCUGGCUGUUGAGUAAAGCAGAUGAGCAGAAUUCAGUCACCUUCAGGGACAGUCGCACGGCUGUGAACAGCGAUACCUCCCCGAAGGCAGAGCCGGGGCGUCCUGCCUGCUCUGCUCCUCAGGGCUCUGACAGCCCCCAUUUCUGAGUUCUAUUCCUGGAGCUCCCCAGCCCUGCAGAAGUCACUUAUCUGGGGUGGUGAGGUCCACCUGUCCUGUAAAGCAAGGGACUUGCCUCACAAUCUACUGUAUUUCAAGGGAAUGUAAUUUAUUGUCUUUAUUAAACACUUGGUUUGGUUUC